GGAUGGGUUCGGUUGGGCCUGGUAGCCCAAACCCAGGCCGAACAAACAACUCCCUGUUCUGCCACCGAGCUGCGUUUUCUUCUUAAAGCAUCGAACCCUCCAUCCGUUCGACGUUUUGCCACCAUGCGGAGCCUUCUGACGGGAGUCCUAAGGCGUUCCAAGUCUUGGAUCACACGAUCUUCUCUCCGCCAUCCUCCUCCUCCCCAGUUUUCUUCUUCUUUUUCUUCUUCUCGCAAACCCUACUACCGCGGUGGUGGCUUCUUCUCCCACGAGACCUUAACCCAGGAGGCUAUUCCAGGCGAUUUCCUGAAAUGGGCAACGGUGGGCUUCCAUCGAGGGUCGAGAUUCGCCACCGGUUACGCCCCUCUUCAGGCCAAGCCCUUGGACUCCAUCAUCGACAUCGAAAGGGCCAAAACUCGCUCGCCCGAGGACCUCAUUUCCAUCUGGGAUGAUUAUCAUUUGGGAAGAGGUCAUGUAGGUGCAUCCAUGAAAGCUAAGUUGUACCAUUUAAUGGAGCAAAGAUCAAUUACUUGCCGGCAUUUCGUUAUUCCUUUGUGGAGGGGGAGUGGCUAUACCAAUAUGUUCGUUCAAGUGCAGAUGCCACACAUCCUCUUCACUAGCCUUGAGGAUUAUAAGGCAAGAGGAACACAAGCAAGUCCUUAUUUCACUGUCACCCAUUACACGGAGUUUGCAGAAAGCAAAGACGUGGUGCUAAUUCGUGGGGAUGUCGUGUUUACCAGCAAGCUCAGUGACUCAGAGGCAAGAUGGCUUUUGGAGACUGCUCAAUCUUUCUAUCUAAAUGAUGUGCGGUACAAGCUUGUCGAGCGGUUCAACAAAGAGACCCACGAGUUUGAGUUCAAGGAUGUUCUUCAGACACUUGAAAUGCCCACACUGUGAUUCCUACUUGACCCAUUCUGUUUCCUGAAAGUUCUCCUUUUUCUUCAUAGCAAAGAAGUUAUUAAUGGAGACCAAAUCGUUAAGGAAAUGAUAAUUUCGUUUUCUUGCAAUCGUCCAUUUUUGUCUU